AUGCAAAAAUUAAAUCAAAGUAUGGAUAAUCUACAAAGAACAUAUGGAAAUGGAACAAUGUCAUCUUAUGGUGAUCCUCAUGCCGAUCUCUAUGCUACUGUACAUAAAAAUCGACCACAACAAGUUCAACCGGCUACAUGGGAUCAACUUGGACAAGUAUCCACAUCACCUGAUUCUUGGGUAUAAUAAUGUUUUUCCUUUGCUUUUCAAUCCAAAAAAAAACAUGUCAGAUUUUAAAACAACAGAACGAAAAUCAAAGGAUUCUUUUUUUAUUUGUUUGUUUAUUCUUAAUUGUUGUGUGUUGUGCAAUGCUCAUUUUGAAUUACCAUCAUACGCAUAUAUAUAUAUCUUCUUUAAUAAAAUACAAUGUAUAUGGGUAGUAAUAAUUAUGUUUGUGUGUUUGUACGUUUUUUGUUUUUCUUGUCGAGUAUCAAUUAAGAUGUGCGAGUUAAUGAACACAUCAAAUUCUUUUUUCUUUCUUUCUUUCUUAUCGAUGUAUAUAGAAAACAAAAGAAGUGUUAUUUUCUCUUUACUCAGGUUUUUGUGUGUGCGUGUGUGUUUGUUUAUUCUUAAUAUUCUUUUGUCGUAUUUCUCUUUUCUUUUUUAUUAUUAAAAAUAAAUCAUCGAACAAUAUAUAAUUCUUUUAGAAAAGCAUGUCUUCAUUAAACUUAUUAUAAUAAUAUCAUUUAUUACUGGAAAUUUUGAUUGUUCAAAGUUCGAUUGAAUUCGGACAAUAUUAACAAUAGUUGAAAAUUGUACUGUUUUAAUGGUAAUAGAGGUUUCCUUGUUUCUAAACUAAUGUCCAUUUCAGAGUUAAAUGGACGUGGGCGUUUUUUGAAUAACUUUAAAACAAAAAGAGAGAAAUGACUCGGGCUUUCAGCACUGUCUAGAACCAAUAUUACUGCAUCUUUUCAUAAAGUCCACGAAAAAAUCCAGUUGCUUUUCUGAUGGGAUACAGCAUUGGUUUUAAAGAUGAACUUAAUCCUCUUUGAAAACAAUAUGCUUUCUAAACUAUAGGGUGUGGGGUGGGUGUGGGUGUAGGUGUGAGUGUGAGUGUCGGUGUGGGUGUGGGUGUGGGUGUGAGUGUGGGGCACGUAAGUUAAGUUAGCACCAGAUUCGACUAUUUCUUGUCCCGAUUCGUUUUCUUAUCUGUGUUAACUCUCUAGGUGCUUGUGUUAGGUGCAGAAUUUAAUUCUCUAUCGAAUGGUACCACUUUCAAGGGGGGUCAUCGGGCAAAAACCACUACUUUCACACGAAAUACUCACUUUACUCCUGUGUAUUAAUAACAAAUAUCUUGUAUUUCUUGUCCGGAUUCGCUCUAUGACUUCUCAUAACUUUCUAACCUAGUGUGUUGGAUGCAGAAUUUAAUUCUCCAUCCAAUGGUACCAUUUUGAGAGGGUGUUAUCGGGCAAAAAUGCGGGAUUAUACCUCAAAUACUGGCUAACACCCAAUUCUGAGAGUAAUUCUUG